AUGUCGGACAAGAAAGUCGCCGCACAAAGGUCCAGCGCAAGAGGGCCGUGCCGGGAGUUCAUCAGAACCCACCUCCCCAAGAACCAUGAAGCCUUUUCAAAUUCACACGUCGAGUUCGAUACCACUGUUCAACAAUACGUCCCAUUUGUCAAAGGCGACGGCACAAGCCAAAAUGAAGAAAACAGUAAUCAGCACCAGCGACUUGACUUGCUGCCCAAAGACUCGACGAGCGAUGAAUCCAACCCGUCGCGUCGUCCGUUCUGGGACGAAAUGUUUCCCGAGGCCAUGUCUCAGCUUCGAGACAGCUGUGAGGAGCCUCCCAAGCUGGUUGACACCGAUUCAAGUAUCCGAGUGGCGUCAGGAUGGCCAGAGAUUGUCACGACGGUAGAGCUGGCUAGGGCCAAGUAUUACAACUACAAAGGGUUCAUCGGCUUCUGGAAGAAGACGCGCCACGGACUCACUGAUGAUGCGACCGACGCAAAAAGAUUGUUUUCUCUACUCCCGGAUUCAGAUUACACCUCAGUCAUACACUGCGUGUUUGAUAUUAUCGCCGAUGCAGCCAAAAGGGCAUCGCAGCUUCGAAAGGAAGUUGAAGAUACACUGCGGCAGAUGAGACAGAAACUUUCGGAUGUCGAGCGCGUCGUUGCGGUUUAUGCAGGCGAAGACGAAGAUAUUGUCUCGGCAGCCAUGGACGUGCUCGUGUCAUCGCUGCAGGCGUUGGAGGGGAUUGUUCUCUACUACUCUGAGAAGAGAGGACUGAAGGUAGCGGCUUCUGCUAUGUGGCAGGGGGGCCGAUACAAGGAUGACUUUUCGACGUGCCUUGCCGGGAUCGACUCAAGCAGUAGGCGGCUAAUCGAGGUAACCCACCUGGCUCACAUCCAGGCAACCCAGUCAAUAAAUAUCAAGACAUCGGAAGGAUUGGAGAAGCUGGGGCAACUGCAACGACACCACCUCGACAUGGCUCAGCAGCAAAAGAGACUCGCAGACAGGCAGUCAGAGCUAGCCAGUUCAGGCCGCAAGAUUGCGAGGAGGCAGGGAAAGCUCGCCGCUGAACUGAGUCGAGAGGUAGCCGCCAACGAGUUGAACGCCAGGGCGAACAGUCGAAACGCCGCUACCUCGGCCGUGGCUGUAACUGGCAUUUAUCUGCUCAUACAGGAUCGUCACAAGUUCGAAAGAGCCCUGGAGAGGGAGAAACGUCGGAACGCCAGGCUGAUCGUUGAGCUCCGCGCCUCGGAAGCACGCUCGCGCUCGGUUAGUCGCGGCCGAUACUCCCUGCCAGCGAGAGGCAUAUCAUCGGAUGAGCUCCUUGGAAUCUUGAACCUGUCCUCCAGCGGCGAAGAAGCCGACAUGGCCACCAUUUCCGACUCCGCCGUCCUCGUCGACCGCCGUGACCAAGGCCGCGCGGAGCAACUCGUCAACAACCCUCAGUUCCGUCAGUGGAUGGUCCAGCUAUGCUCAACGGAGCUUCUUGUGCACGGCCACAUGAGGCGCAGUCGUUCGAGCAUCACUGCCCUCUCGCUCUUUAGUGCUGCCAUUGUGCAAUGCCUCCGUCGGGAUGUGCGGUUCUGCACCCUUGCUUUCUUCUGCGGACAGCAUAAAGACGCUUCGGAUCAGCUUACGGGCGGCGUAGGCCUUAUCAAGGCCCUUACCCUGCAGCUCCUUGCGCAGUACCGGUUCACGGCGGAAGAUCUUUCCUUUGCAACGCAGGACAUGGAUCUCGACGCCCUCGAGGACGGCCAAAUCUUACCCAUAUGCCGCCUCUUCACUUCCUUGAUCCGCUGCGUCCGCAACAUUACCAUUUUCUGCGUCCUAGAUAGCGUCGAGGUGUAUGAAGAGCCCAAAUUCCUGCAGGGGAUGGCCUUGGAGAGAGCGUUGUUUGAUAUCCUGUCAUUGACGAGUGAUGACAAGGUGAAAACGGACGUGAAGGUGCUGAUGAUGAGUCCGACAGCGACGACGACAAUUCUGAAGGCCUUCAAUGAGAACGACGUGGUCUCAAUGGUAGGACAUGGACAGCCAAAGGGUCAGAAGAAUUUUGAUGAGGGAAGGCUGGGGGAGCGAUUGGGAGAGGUUUCUGAUUGUUAA